AUAUCAAAAAAUACGCCCCGCAUCCUACUUUCAUUUUUAAAUUAUUCUCUGUUUUUGUGAGAAAAAAAUCCAUUAGAUUCUGUAAAUUCACUAUAAAAUGAGUAGAUAUAGCAGAGGAUCAACAUCUUCAAGUUCACAAUCGAGUAAAUCUUCUAAAUUUGAAUUAACACCGAGAAAUAUUCUUUAUAGAAUAAAACCUGGUGCAAAGUUCGAAAAUGUAGAAAGAAUCCAAGGAUCUGGCGAUGAUAAAGUAGAAGCGAAACUAAUAAUAGACAAAAAUUGCUUUCAGGCAUGCGGAAGGACAAAGUUGUUGGCUAAAGAAACUACAGCCGCAAAAGCUUUACAUGAAUUAUGGAAUUUUACAUUUAAACCAGGAGAAGACGGAAUGCCGAAAAUAAUCUUAUCGGACGAGACAUUAGAUAAAAUCAAUCUACCUUUAGAAGCUAAUGAGAAAUUUCAUAGCUUUAUUCUAGAAACUUUUACAAAGAGUCUUCGUAUUGACAAUGGAUAUAUACAACAGAACUUUGACAUUAGAAAGCCUUUGGGUAGUGGAUCGUACGGUAGUGUUUUUGAGGCACAGAAUAAAUUUGAUAAAGGAUCUUAUGCUAUUAAAAUGAUAAAUAUGAGAAUUUAUGACUCUGAUAGUGAAAUUAUUAGAAAAAAAUAUGACGAAGUUAUAAGAUUGGCCGAUUGCAAACACAAAAAUAUAUUAACAUACCAUAAAGGAUGGCUGGAAAUUGUUACAAAAGAAACGCUAUAUAACACUUUUCCAUCAUCAAUUUUUAGUAAUACCGGUUCAAGUUCCGAUUACUCAACCGAACAGGCUAAUAGAAGGAAAAGAUUAAAUGAAAGGAUACCUUCUCUAAAUCUAUACAUUCAAACUGAAUUAUGUUGUGGUAAUUUGAACAAUUGGAUUGAAAAUAGGACUAUAUAUCAGUCGUAUAACUAUCAAAUUGAAUUGGGAAUAUUUAAAGAUUUGCUUAAAGCACUUGAAUAUCUUCAUAAUAAAAACAUUCUACAUAGAGAUAUCAAACCUAAUAAUGUAUUUACAGUUGAAAAAUCAAAAGAAGUAAAGGUUAAAUUAGGAGAUUUUGGUUUAGCUAGAGAACUACACGAAUGCGAUGACGAGAGUAAAUUAACUUCAGCAGUAGGGACUCAACCGUACGCUGCACCUGAAAUAGAAACAGGAAAAUAUAACUUUUCAAGUGAUAUAUUCAGUCUUGGUAUUAUUGCUGUACGAUUAUUUUCUGAUAUUUCAACUGCACAUGAAUUUUAUGCAAUUAUCAAUAAUCUUAAAACUAAUGGGAAAUUACCAGAAAGCCUACUACACAACCAUCCAGCCGUCGUUAAACUCGUUGAGGACAUGACUGAUAAGGAUGCUGAUAAAAGACCUAUGGCUAAAGAUAUACUACUUUUAGAUGUCUUCUCUGGUGUAAAGAAAAAAAGUGAAGAGAUUACAAGACUUAAAGCUACAAUAGAAGAGAAAGAUAAGGAAAUUAUUAGUUUAAAGGAAAAGAUUUCAAGUUUAACAGUUGAAUUAGAAGAAAACCACAUCGAUAAAAUUGAUUUGGAGACUUAUGCUAUACAGUGUAAGGAAAAAUCUGAAGAAAUUGCAUAUUUAAAAGAAUUGAUUGAUUCUCCAACCGAAGAAAGAAUUACAGACACAAAUCGGAGUAGUAGAAGAACAUCUUCCGAUCACGAAUCGGGAAUAUAUGUUAAACCAUCAAAAAUAUUGAAGUUAAUAAGAAGUAACAUUGCCUUUAGCUCUCCUGAACAAGUUGGAAUAUUUAAGGAACAAUCUAUAAAAAUAACUAUACAAAUAGGAAAAACAACUUACAAGGGCUUCGGUUCGAAUAAAAAGAUAGCUAAGGAAUGCGUAUCAGCUGAAGUACUCCUCCAGAAAUGGAAUUUUAAAAUAUUAAAAUAUAAAAAUGAACUACCUAUUAUCGACCUAUCGAAAAAGGCUAUAAGUAGUGUAGCACUAAGUUCAGAAAAGAAAAUUAAAGUCUAUCGGUUCAUUCUAAAAGAAUUUACAAGUAAUUUCCCAAAGAAAACUGGAGAAUUUCAACGAGAUUUUAGAAUAAUUAAACAAUUAGGUCAAGGAGGUUAUGGAAAAGUUUUUAAGGUCGAAAAGAAAAUUGAUAAUGAAACGUAUGCGGUUAAAAGAGUUAAAAUAUAUUUUGACGAUUCAGACGAGACGGUCAUUCGAAAUACGUUAAGGGAAGUUUCUCAAUUGGCUAGAUGCCAACCAACAAAUAUUGUACGUUAUUAUACCGCUUGGUUGGAAAUUGAGAAUAAUCCUUCAAGUUUAGAUACACUUUAUUGCUCUUCUGAUGAUCUAUCGUCCAUUGGAAGCUGGAAAUCUCCAGCUCCAUUGCCGUUUUUAUGCAUGUACAUACAAACGGAAUAUUGUAAUGGUACCCUAGCAGAUUGGAUUGAUGGAAGAGAUCGUACAUCCUCUCCAGGCUUAGUAGAAAUGAAGAUAAUUAAAGAUAUUUUAUCCGCUCUUAAUCAUAUACAUAAUAAGAAUAUUAUGCACAGAGAUAUUAAACCGAGUAAUAUAUUUACGAUUGGUGAUCAGACAAACAUCGUAGUUAAAUUAGGAGAUUUUGGUUUGGCAAGAGAUUUAAAUGAAACCUAUCAGGACGAGAUUUGCUUAACCUCGUAUGUUGGAAGUGCCCUAUAUGCAGCUCCUGAGACUAAUACCUCUAAAUAUAACUUUUCCAGCGAUAUAUUUAGCCUUGGCAUUAUUUGUUUUCAAUUAUUUGGUUCUAUUUCCUCCCAACACGAAUUAAUUGAUAAGGUUAUUCAACUUAAAGAGAAAAGACAACUACCAGAAGAUAUCAGAAAGAAUUUUCCGUUAAUUAGUGAAAUGAUCUUAAACAUGACUUGUCCUAAAGUUGAAAAUAGGCCUUCUGCAAAGUAUUUACUUUCUAAUAACUUUUUCUUUGAAACUGAUAUUUCAAACGGAUCGAACCAAACGAUCGACUAUAAAACAGCUAAUUCAUUAAUUGAAAUAAUCAAAAGUCAAAGAGAAGAGAUUCAAGUUUUACGUUCACAAAUUGAUCUUAGCUAA